AUGUCGGCCGCUACCACCUUCUCGUAUGCGCAAGCCGCCAAGGGCCGCAACGCCACCCAGUCCGAUCCCCAGUCCGCUGCUGCGAGCCCUGCUCCGGUCGACCUAGCCAAGGACGACAACAGCUCGGUGACCACAGCUGCAGAUGCCUCGGCAAAGACCUUCUCGACUACCUCUGAAGUCUCCGAGUCUGUCAAGAGCUCCGAGGUCGACCUCGAGUCUGUUGCCUCGAAAGCCCAUUCAGAGGUCGCCAACACUGGCGAUUCCGACGGCUCGGCCACCUCCGCCAAGUCCGAAUCCACACUCAUGGCUCUCCCAGACGAGGCACCCAAGACCAGUGCGCAAAGCACGACAAGCGAGAAGACCUCCCGCCCGUCAAAUCGCCCCAGCGAGUCCUCCGAUUCGAGGAAAGGCCGCAAGGGCAAGAAAGGCAAAAAUUCAGACAAGGACGCCGAGGGUGAUCAAGUCCAGCAGGAGCAGGAGAAAGAGGUCGUCCCUGUGAAGCUCUUCGAAGCUCCGCCCCCGACCGUCAACGUAUGGCAACAGCGGGCCGCUGCUGCAAAGGCAAGACAACCUAGCGUGCCUCCUGCCCCAGCUGGCACCGAUGCACCGGCCAAAGUCGUCUCUCAAGACUCGAACAAGAGCACCAGCAGUGCCGAGGGUAUCGACACCAAGGAUUCUUCUGAGACCGUUCGGCCUGGGAAGGCUGCCGAUGGCUCACGUCCAUCCAGCGAGCAAGCCCCCCGCAGGAAUCCACGAGGGAGCAGGGCGAGUGACCAAGUCACGAAUGGCAAUGUGCCCCCAGUGCAGGACGCAUCUCUUUGGCCUACACCGGACACUGUGGCCGCUGAAGACAGCAAGCGCAAGGUUUCCGAGUCGGAUGCACCCUCAAAGGACAAGCAGGAGGAAGGGUCGCAGACCAAGUCUACCCGGCCCAAGUACGUCCAGAAGUUGGAAAUCAACCAUUCCGUCAAGUGGGAAACCCCGAUGCAGACACGCCCUGCGAGCAAGGGCCGUGGCGGUGGACAACCUGGGCGCAACUCGGUCGGCCGGGGCGGUCACGCCUCGACCGCCAGCGUCUCUGGCGACAAGUCGCAAGCCGCAUCUGAGGCGCAAGGGCCCGCUGCCACCGGCGAUGCUCAAGGGAAGCCGAGGGAAGAGGCACCGGCGCGUACCAACUCGCUGCCUUUCGAGAAGAAAAAGUUCUCUGCCGAGACCCGGGAUAUCCGUAAGACAUCAGCUUCGGCCGAGCGUCGCACAGGUGCCUCUGGCGAAUAUCACUCCACGUCCAAGAGCGAAGCAACGAAGGGCUCCAAGGGCGAGUUCGCCCAGGGUUUCGGUGGACAACAGAGCGGCUCUCGAGGGGACGGCGCUGAGCCUGGAAGAAAGGAUGGAGGCUUCGCCGGCCACAAGGAUGCGAGACCCAGGAGAGGUGCACAUGGUAACGGGCGAGGCGGGCACAACGGAAGCCAGUCUUAUACACAACAGGCAUAUCAGGGCAAUGGACACGGUCCUCGGUCAAGCACAUACAACCCCCCUCCUUUUGCCAACGGGUAUUCUUACGGAGGUCCUGGCUCAGGCCGAGCUGGUCGUGGUCGCCCUGCAUCAAUUAACGGUUACAAGGGCCCAUCGAACGGCGCCGUCAAGAUGCCGCCAAUGCAGCCUCUCAACACGGACUUUGGUCCUUUCUCGCCCUAUGGCCAAGCACCCUAUUCUGCUUUCCCAGGGGCCUUCCCACCAUCAGACUACAAUCUUCUGGUCCAUAACGCCCUGAAGUCGCAGAUCGAGUACUACUUCUCUACGGUCAACUUGCCCAAGGAUGUGUUCUUGAGAGAGAACAUGGACACCCAGGGAUUUGUGCCCCUGGAGGUCAUUGCUGAUUUCAGCCGAGUGAGAUCAAUAUCCCAACAGAACCUGCAGCACGUGCGAGAAGCCUGCAUGGACUCCGAGGAGAUCGAGUUUGUGCUCGGUGAUGGCAAGACUGAGCUUUUGCGGCGACGCGAAGGCUGGGAGUUGUACGUUCUCCCCGAGGCCAACAGGAGGGAGCAGGCUCGCAAUCCUGGCCCUUCCAGUUUUCAGCACAAGUCAAGACACAGUAUACAGCACGCACCGAACUAUCACCAGCAGGGCUCCAUGCCAUUUGCAUAUCCGGCAAUGUCGUCACCAGCAUAUGGAGGGCCGUUCCCUGGCGACAUUUACCCGGGGUACCUGAACGGAUCGGGUUACAAUAGCCAGGGGGUCAACGGCGGACCAGUCAGUGGACACCGUGCUGAUGACUCCCAGCUGAAUGCUGCUGUACCUGAGUUCGCACCUGGGAAUGAUCUCACGUACGACUUCACUCGCGCUGCACACCAAGCACAGGGCUCUUGGGUAGAGGAUGCCCUGCUGCAAGCCACAACUUUUUCAGAUGAUGAGGUUGCUAAGCUGCAUGUUGUGUCGCCAGGACAAUCCAAGAAAUCUCAGGAGGCUGAAAAGCUGCCCAAUGGAGACACGCAUGGGGCCACCGAGGACACCAAGGGUGCUGAAACCAAUGGGGUCCAUGCUAGCCCAGAUGCAUUGAACACUCCUGAGCUGGGCCCAGUCACCGACGAAUCUGCCUCCAGCUCUCCCGCGUAUCACCGAUUUGAUGGUACAGUGGCACAGUCUUCUGGUGGUAAGAUCACCGAGAAGUAUGUAGAUGUCCGAGCGAGGGCACUGGAGUUGCGUCAAUCUGCAGCCCCAGGAGACGUUCCAGAGGAGAUGAGGAGACUUUACAAGUUCUGGGCAUCUUUCUUGGUGUCGAAAUUCAACGCUAGCAUGUACAGGGACUUCCGCCAGCUCGCCCUCGCAGAUACGACAUCAGAAACCCCGAGCAAGACUGGCCUCGGUUAUCUGCACCAGUUCUACACCAGUGUGCUGUCCAAGACUGGUGAGGCAGGCAUAUGGGCGCCUGGCCAUCCAGUAUACCAAGUGCUGGACUCGGAUUUCCAAAGCUCCCAGACCGCGGCAGGAUCAUCUGAGCCCCAGGUCUAA